AUGCUGAAGCCACCUUUUAUCCGGCAGAGUGCUGUUGCGCACGCGCGUUGUGUUGUGCCGGUAGAGUAUGGCAUCGCCUUUAACCCUGAGGGUAGCAAACCCUCCCUGAAGUCGCACUUGUUCAGCGAGUUGUUUCACGUGACGAAGGGUCGGUCGGACGCAGCACUGUCGGUUUCUUUCUUUUUGUACAACUCCCUGCCGCUGCGUUCGCUUAUACGCGAGGGAAUAUUGUGUGACAUUAUAGUCGCGACAGGGCUGGGCGCAAGCGCUGUGGCGGGUCUUUUAGACACUCCUCCCCCAUUUCCUUUGGUUCCGGGUGGUGAGGAAAAUACUCGUCAUAAAGCCACCGCUACUUCAGAGGAGGGGGGAUCCUGGCGGCUUCUCUGUGGCGUGCAAAGGGAGUAUGCUCUGUUCGUGAGGGACAUGGUUGGUGGAUGCCGGUUAGGCCGCGGUUGGCAUGCGGAACGGAGUGAAAAGAAGUACGAGUUCUUCUGGACAGUGCAAGAAACGUGGGAUUGUGCAACAACAAUUUUUACAUACUGGUUGCGGCAAGAUAAUAUUUUGAGUGUGCACCUUCUUUUGCCACUUGCCUGUGCUGCUGCAGCUGAGGACACCACUGGAGGUCCUUUGCGGAAGAGCAUGCAGCUGUUGGUGAAACGUGGUGCACACGGAGGGGUGCUGUGGUUGUUGUGGCGGUGCGCGGUGAGCCCUGACGUUGAAAAUACCGAGUUGCUAGAGUCCGCAACGGUGGAAGUGUGCCGGGCCCCAACUGGUUAUCUUUUCCAAUUCCCGAAUGACGGCUCAGAGCUGGAUGCAUUGGAUGGGUGCCUGUUUGGUGAGAACGAGAGAGAAGAGAGACUGCUUUUAUCGUUACAAAAUAUUUUACCAAUUUCCUGUAUUCCUUCGGAGGCAGAGCGCUUUUCCCCUUUUUGGCGCUUGCUUCUUUUUGAGAUGGUGCGUUACGCGCACUUUGUGCUUGCCCGUACGGACGUAGGAACUCGCACGAAGGUCGGCGCGUUGCAGUCGCUUCGCCGUACCAUUUGUUCAUUCCGUCGCCACGGCCGCGUACUACCAAUUUUACUUCUUCACAGUGCCCUGGUAUCUGCUUCUCACGCUUCCGUGCGGGGGGAUGACGUCGCUGGCCUGGAAUCUCCGCUUGUCUCUGCCGCAGCAGGGCGAUUUGGGCCCUUGGUGUACAGAGAAGUGUUGUUGCUUGACGCCUACACUCUCAUGACAGUUGGACACGUUGGUGAGACCGCCCCAGACGUUAACGCGUAUGCGAAAGAGAAAACAUCCUCUCUCCUGUCGCGUUGUGUUGCCCACCUUAACGCCCUGGAGCGGAGCGCGCCCGCCGUCGGCUGUGACCGUGAUGCCAUCGGUCUCCACCGCGGGGCGCGGGCAGUGGUUGAUCGGCGCCUAAGGGAGGCUAUUCGCAUUUCCUUCAAGUUAUUUCUACGCUGUGGCGCCUAUGAAAUCAUUGAGAGGCAUCUACACGACUGUCCAUCAUUGGGUGGUUCGUGGGAGGGCGGCAAAGCACUCGUGUUGUUGGGGAGGUAUUCUGAGGCUGUGGAGGUUUUCACACAUUUUUUACUGGGUGCGAGGCGGCACUUUGCUGCCGGCCUCCCUCACUACAUCCGUGAUUUGAUGUUGGAAGCUGUGGAGGGGGCAUCUAGGCGGUACUGCAGUGAAUCAGGAUUUGAGGAGGCUUUGGUGGGUAUGUUCCGCUUGUACGACCUGACGCGAGCAUGGAAAUUUCCUAUACCUCCGGCAGUCGCCUUUUCUGCAGUUGCCCAUGGGUGUGCUGGUGCGAACGACAGUCAUUUGGGAUAUGCUACGCCUUAUGAAUGCCUGCAGCUGCUUCACGCAUUGCUGCACCGCCACACAUCAGUGGAAACUUACCGAAGGGAUGGACUCCUUUCGAAGGUUGUAGAAUUGUACGUGCGUCUUCUUGGUGAAUGCCGUUCCGGGGAAGCUACAUCCGACCACUUCUGCCUCUUGUCUCUGUUGGAUCGCGCGCACCCUGGGUUGGGUGCGCGUCGUAUGGCCCUUCAGCACUUCCUUAGUUUGGGUUUCGUUGAAGGAAUAAGCGUUGUACUCCUCGACGUGGUGGGCGCGCCUCGAUGCCCCGUUACUCACCUAAGCCCACUGCACGAAAUGCCACUCGCGUCAUUGGAGUCGUUGAACCACCGUGUCACGACCACAGAAAUGGGUGAGCACACGGACAAGGUGCUGAAAGCUGUGCAGAGUGCUUUAGAAUUUCGACGGUACGUUGGGCGGCAGCGACAGCCGUGGAGGUGCCGGUCAUGCACUCGAUGGAACAGGAGGGGUGCCAGCACGUGUCAAUACUGUGGUACGCUGGAGCUAGCAGUCAUUCAAUGCCGCGGCUGUGGGGGAUUUUCUCCCAGUAACUUCCCUAUUUGUCUUGUAUGUGGAGCGGAAACAUUGGAACGGGGAGCGGGUGUUGGAUGUGACGCGCUUCCUCUUGAUGGUUGCACCAUCUUUCCACUACGACGCUGGCGCUGUGGUCGAUGCAGCCACACAAACGAACCGCAACAUUUAUUCUACUGCGCACGGUGUGCAUCCCCUCAGCCAACGAUGGAAGAGGCCAUGGCGCGAACUGCAUUCGACUGCAGGGUUUGCGGACGGCACAAUCCUCUUGGGAUGCUCCGUCCUUGGUGUUCCCUUUGCGGGACAUUGUGUACAGCUGCCGCUUCGGGUCCUCCAAAGACAUUGUGGCGUUGUGUGGAGUGCCAUACGGCUUGCCCAUGGCUACUUACUCAUUGUCACGGCUGUGGCGCCACCAAAUCUGCGUCAUUUACUCGCCUUGACACACCGUGGGCCACCCGACAAUGCACUCGCUGUGGAGCAACAUGCCCUGCGUGGAGUGUUGUCUGUCGUAGCUGCGAGGAUGUGCUCGAGCCUACAGAGAGGGAUCCAGGCCGACGUGACAUUGAUUUUACUGAGGGUGGGGUGGAGCCGGCAUACACUUCGUGUCCACAUUGCGGUAGCCUCUACGAUGGUAAGGAGGCUGUGGCUUGUCCAACGUGCCAUGCUCCUCGCCCACAUACCGCUUGCACGCUUUGGGUUUGCCUGAAAAACAACUGUUUAGGCGUCAAUUUGCGAAAAGGUAGUGGUGAGGGACUGUUAGCGUGCCUGCACUGUGGUGCUGCUCACGAUGCCGUUGCUGUCGCUACUUAUUAUACAAAUCCUCUUCGGUACCGAGAAAUACGUUCGUGCACUGACAUGCAUCCCAGCGCUGCUGAACAGAAGGUUGGCGGGGCUGCGGUUGCGAGUGACCUACAUCACACAGUCAAGGAAGUUGAAGACAUUAGCGGCAGCGGGAACCACCCUGCGGGAGACGGCGACGGUGUCUCACCGGGUGGUGCUGAGGUUUGCUUACCCACUGCACUACUUUUUCCGCUGCCCUUAGGGCCAUCCCCUUGCGCUUCAUGUGGGACGUUUUUGCAUUUGGAAAAUCUAGCCGGUGUCUGUCCUGCAUGUAACCACUGCAACCAACGACGGUCUUUGCCUUCCAGUGUGUGGCCGGCGGAGCAAGAGAUAGUUCACCGUUUGAGGCUUAAGAUAGUUCUCAACGCGGUCCGUCGCGCGGCGCAUGGUGAGCUCUCCCCUUCGACCGCUUUGAAGUUACUUCGUUCCGCAGUCGCUGCACUACAGCGCGCAGAGGAGGCAGCGUUGCCCUGGCGUGGAUGUGACCUUUCUCGAGGUUUGAGGUGCGGCAUACGCCCACGGGUGCCAGUGUUGGAGGAUGGCACAGUGCACAGUGCCGUAAGGAGCGUGGCGGAGAUUAUUCAGUUGGCUUGCUUGUUGGCGUUGGAAGGAAAGCCCAAUAACGUUGUUGACGGCGUGCCGGUGGUUUCGUGGGCACACAAGAGGCCCUGGGUAGCUAUUGCGCUGGAUUUGGUCGAUCUUAUGAAUCUCACGACCGACUAUGACGAACUAGGUUUUGAGGUACUCUCACAGUUGUGCGAGCUCGUGCGACCUAUGCAAAAGGCUCACAUUUAUCGUGAGACGCGUUGGGCGUACCUUCGAUACAUGAAAUUGCCGCGUCAGUGGAUUGUGAACGAUGUUGUUUGCCCUGCUUGUCUACAUCGGAAAGCGGUGCCCCGUGAGUCCCGAGUGGUGACAGAGGUGGUUGGGACGAAUAUGAAUGAUAUCUGUAAGUGUAAAAGGCACACCACAGCCAAUUCCGCCGCUAACAGUGGUGGUUCUAAAUGCACAACCGCAGCAGGAGGUUUGUUGCCGCUGCAUGAAUGA